AUGGCUAAAAGACUUAGACAAGCAAAUCUUUUUGAAACUCUUGCCAAGAAGCGUGCAACUGAUGAGAUCGAGCCAAGUGCUUUGCUGGAGGAAUUGCCUGUGAGUGGGGAACUUUGUGAUGAUGAAUCUGAUGAUAUAACUGACUCUCUUGAUAUAAAGAGCAUUGCUAAAGAGUUUAUAGCUACUAACGAAGAACGAGCAGCUCUGUUGAAGAAGCCAGGAGCAACCUCAAUGGGUGGAGCUAGUCCAGGUUAUGGUGGUUCUUCUCCUCAAUCUAUCAGUAUGAUUGGGAUAGGAGCUAUGCAACAGGGUCAACCUAACUCCAUUUUAAGAGUUAUUAUUGAGAACAUGUUAUAUCCUAUUACCAUUGAUGUCCUUCAUCAAAUAUUUGCCAAAUAUGGUGAUGUUCUAAAAAUAGUAACAUUUAUGAAAAAAAUGGGUCAGUUUCCCCAUGCACUCAUUCAAUAUCCCAAUGAAAUAAUUGCUGCUAAUGCUAAAAACUCACUUGAUGGUCAAAAUAUCUAUAAUGGUUGUUGUACAUUACACAUUGAUUACUCUAAAUUGUCUAAUCUUACUGUCAAAUAUAACAAUGAGAAGACUAGAGACUUUACUCAUCCUGAUCUACCAGCUGGAGACCAAGAAGAGACUGUGUCACUCCCUGACCUCUCAGCAUAUGGUAUAAUAGAUAUGUGUAUCUGUACUCAUCUUAAUGGUAGCAUGUUAUAUGGUAAGAAAAUCCAUGUAACACUCUCUAAACAUACUCAAGUCCAGAUGCCUCAACCAGGAAGUAAUGAGGAUGGACUAACUGAAGACUUUUCUAACUCACCUCUUCAUCGUUUCAAGAAGCCAGGGUCUAAGAAUUAUCAGAAUAUUUAUCCUCCAAGUGCUACACUCCAUCUUUCUAAUAUUCCUGAUGGUAUUACUGAGGAAUAUCUUCGCAGUCUAUUUACAUCUACUGGUGGUAAUGUAGUCAACUUCCGUUUCUUUCAAAAUGAUCUACGUAUGGCUCUAGUUCAGAUGUCUUCAGUAGAGGAAGCUAUCAAUGCUCUCAUUGUCACUCAUAAUCAUAAAAUCAGUGAAACCAAUCAUCUCCGAGUUACCUUCUCAAAGAACACUCUCUAA